AUGUUAUCAACACUAAACGAAUUAGUUGAAAAUAAGAAUGUAGAUAAAUUUCGUGUUGUUUAUGAAGAAAAUUUAAAUUCUCUAGAAUAUUUUGAACAUCAAGAACUUUUAUUUCGGUCAUGUCGAUUAGGUUUAAUUGAUCUAGUUGAUAUAAUAUUAAAUAGCAAGCGUAUUGAUGUUAAUGAUAAACAUUUAUCAACAAAUUCAACACUAUUAUUUAUUACAAUUAGAUCACAACAGAAAUUAAUUACUGAAUAUCUUAUACAAAUAAAAAAUGCUGAAAUAAAUCAUGUAAAUUUUUACAAUGAAACAUGUUUAUCAUUAGCUAUAUCUAAAUAUGAUUUAUGUACAAUUAAGUUGUUAAUAAAUUAUAAUGUGAAUAUAAAUGAACAAGAUUUUUUAUAUGCAAUUAAUAAUUGUUUACAAGAAUUGAUUAUGAAUAAAACAAUAGAUAUAUCAUUUGGUAUUGUUAAAAAUCUAUGUGAUUAUAAUACAAAUAUAAUAGAACAAUAUGGUCCAAAAGCAAUACAUAACUUAAUAAAACGUCUUAGUUGGUUAUCCUAUACAACAAUGAAAAAUGAUGAACUAGAUUGGAAACAAAUAUCAUUUAAUAUUAAAAAGAUAUUAAUCUAUUUUUUAGAAUUACAUCAGUGUUCUAUCAAUUAUAAAGAUGAACAAGGUAAUACGAUACUGAUGUUAGCUUGUCGUACAUGUCCAAUCAUUGUUGAAUAUUUAUUAGACAAAACUCAAUUAAUAUAA